AGCGAUCAAAUUGUUUUCGCAACUCUCCCAGCCCGGUCGUCGCUCGCCAGCUCAGCGGAAAAUGUCGAUAGCAAAGUCUCAGGUGAAGCUGCAAGCUCUUGCCGCUUUGGCAAGCCUUGCGUUACUCACUCCGCUUCUUGUGGCAGCGGCGCUGCUUUGGAAACUUUUCUGCAAACUAUUCUGCUGCUCCUCUCCCAGAAGCAUCGUGGGCGACGUAGCUGUGGUUACUGGCGCUGGCCAUGGCCUGGGCCGAGCCAUAGCCCUGGAACUGGCGGACAAGGGCUGCCACAUAGCCGUUGUGGACAUCAAUAUGACAGGAGCGGAGAGCACUGUGAAGCAGAUCCAUGAGAGGGCAAAGGUUCGUGCCAAGGCCUAUAAGGCCGAUGUAAGCAAUUAUCUGGAACUUGUUGAGCUAAACAGCCAAGUGGUUAGCGAUCUGGGGCCAGUAACGGUGCUGAUAAACAAUGCAGGAAUCAUGCUGCACCGCAACGCUGUGGAUCCGGAACCGGCCGAAGUGCAGCAAAUGAUUAAUGUGAACCUAGCAGCGCACUUUUGGACCAAAAUGGUUUUUCUGCCCACCAUGAAAACAUUGCGCCGAGGUUAUCUGGUGAGCAUCAGUUCCCUAGCAGGACUGUUUCCGAUGCCCUACAACACCACCUAUAGCGCCACCAAGGCCGGCACGACGGCUCACAUGCGGGCGCUGCGCAUUGAACUGACACUGGAGAAGCAGCGGGAUAUUCAUGUGUGCACGGCCAUGCCCACCUUCCUGGAGGCCAACGAGGAUGUGGUGCAGCUCUCCCAUCAGAUCAAGAUCGCCGAUUUGUUUCCGCUGAUCAGCGCACAGAGCGCUGCCCGCCGGAUUGUGGAUGGUAUGCUCAAAGGUGAGCGGGAGAUAAUGCUGCCCGAGCUGUCCGCUCUCUUGCAUCGUCUGAUCACCCUAAUGCCCGUCAGCUGGCAGGAUCGAUCGACGAUCCUGUGUACUGGCAGUAGGUUUAAGCAGUACAUCGCGCUACGCAACUGAGCGGAGUUCACGAUUGAUUUAGCGCUGUAAAUACGAGGUGUAAAGUGUACAGGUGGUAGUGGAUAGAUUUGGUUUAAAACCGAUUAAAUGGCACGUAUUUUACGGACUA